AUGGGUAUUUGCGGCAGCAAAGAGAAGAAUGACGGCCAAUCGACCGAGAUGGCGCGUCCAUCACAGCCCGCAGCCUCAAAUGCGCCGACACAACAAAACAUCCCAGUGGCCGGAGAAGGUGCGACAGUGAAGGCGCGCAGGUCACCCGAUAACCCGAUUGUGUACUUCGAUAUUGCAAUUGGAGGCCAGCCGAUUGGGCGCAUCCAGAUGGAGUUGUUCCUCGAUGUCGUGCCAGCCACUUCAGAGAACUUCAGGCAGUUCUGCACUGGCGAAUCCAACCGUGGCGGAUACAAGGGCAGCACUUUCCACAGAGUUAUCCCAAACUUCAUGAUCCAGGGUGGUGACUUCAUGAAUGGAGAUGGUACCGGCAGCGCGAGCAUCUUUGGAGGCGAUUCCCCAAACACCAACGGCUCGCAAUUCUUCAUCCUGACCGCUUCCACACCCCAUCUUGAUCGCAAGCACGUCGUUUUUGGUGAAGUACUUGAUGGCAUGGAUGUAGUAAAGCAGAUUGAGGCGACAAGGACUGGGCAGGGUGACAAGCCAUUGAGCGAUGUCGUAAUUGCUGGAUCGGGACAGCUGGCUGGCGCAAAGCCUUUGGCUUAA